AUGUCAACAGAUUUUUCAGUUGGUGAGAAAUUCGAUUUGUUAGAAAAUACAAUAGAUUAUUUUUGGACAUAAUUUGCAGGGUAUUUACUGAUCAUGAGAUUAGAAUUGUGGUGCUGUUGAUGUAACUUGGAUUUGCAUUUUUAGAAGGUGGAUGUGUAAGAUAUAAAAAUAUGUAAUCAAUCAUGAUAAAAGUAUAUCUCAAUACAUGCAUUGCUGUCAUUUGUUGGUGGCUUGUAAAAUGAAUAUUGAUUUUUAAGGUUGGUUAUGGAAUUUGUAUGGGAUCUGGUAAAUUUGCUGGUACAGACUUUUAUGCUGGAAGUAAUUUUGCUGGAACUAAACAUUACUCUCAUUGGGGUACAAUUACUAGCUAUAUUCCAAAGUUUUGUAAACGUCUGUUGGGGCUGCUGCUAAUAGCAUUGUAUCUGGAGGUGCAGUUGAAAGAAUGUCAAUUAUUGGUUAUUGUUUUUUGAGUGUAGCAUUCUCUUCUUUUAUCUAUCCUAUUUGUGCUCAUUGGACUUGGGGAGGGGGUUGGCUUCAGGAAUUGGGUUACAUUGAUUUGGCCGGUAGCGGUACAAUUCACUUUAUGUCUGCAUUGGGAGCACUUGUGUUGACAGUGAUGUUAGGAGCAAGGAAAAAUAGAUGGAAUGAGAAAUAUGCGAAUGAAUUUAAUCCAAGCAAUACAACAUAUAUUUGUUUAUCUACUCUGUCACUUUAUACUUGCUGGAUAUUCUUUAAUGCUGGAAGUACAACUGCUUUGUCAAAUACAAUGGCAUAUGCAGCUGGAAGAGCUACAACAAAUACAAUUAUCGCUGGAGCUUCCGGAGGAUUAACAUUGAUGGUUUUACACUAUUAUAAAAAUCGAAAUGAGAAGAGCAAAUUCAGUUUAGUGAUGAUUUGUAAUGGAAAUUUGGCAGGAUUGGUUGCAGUUACAGGAUCUUGCGAUGGUAUUGAACUAUGGGCUGCUUUUGUUAUUGGAAUUUUGGGAGGAUUAACUUAUUGGGGAUUUGGAAUUUUAAUUCAUAAAUUUAAAGUUGACGAUCCUGUUGAUGCAUUCCCAAUACAUGGAGGGUGUGGUCUUAUUGGAGCUCAAUUCCCAGGAUGGUUUAAUACAGAAAAAGGAAUUUUUUAUGGACAUGGUGCUAAAUAAUGGGGUAUCCAACUGCUAGGCACUGUAGUUUGGCUAGGAUGGUCAGUAGUAUUACAUGCAAUUGUGAUAUUUGUAUUAAAGAUUUUGGGAUUGCUAAAUGUUUCUCAUGAAGUAGAAGAAAAAGGAUUAGAUUACGCUCAAUGCGGAGGAGGGGGUUUUGAUUAUCAGUUGUUACCUCCUGUCUUAAGUACAAGUGGCUAUGAAAAUGUUAAGUCUGCUAUUAAUUAAAAACAAGAUAAUGCACCUCAAUAUGGAUAAGAAAAUGAUUAAUAACAAGUUCUUUGA